CCCGGAAGUCGCGCACCCUCAUUCUACCGGUUUCUUCAAGUUGCAGCAGCCUCGCAUCUCAUGGUCGCUGUGAGUCUGGGGCGCACGAGAGAUGAUGCUGCUGGUGUUUGGAGCCCUCCUCCUGCUCUUCUGUACUCUGGAUGUAUGGUACUUCCUGCGCGGGGUCAAGGUCUUUAUACAGGCAUGGUUCCAGCCCAGAAUAUGGGACAUUCUAGCAGAGCAAAGCAUUGAUGGCAUGGUCCUUCCGCAUGACUUGGACUACAUGGGCCACAUGAACAACUCUCGAUACCUGAGGGAGUGCGACUUUGCUCGCUUUCACCAUUACAUGCGAAACGGGCUGUUCAUGGCCUCGUGCAGGAUGGGGGCCAAAAUGGUGGUAGGGGCUUCCACCAUCCGGUACCGGCGCUCCUUGGCCUUCCGCGAGGCUUUUGAGAUUCGGACCAAAGUAUUGGGAUGGGACGAGAAGGCCUUUUACUUGGAGCAGCGCUUCGUGUCCAAGAAAGACGGCUUUGUGUCUGCGGUCAUGCUCUGCAGGCAGAAUGUGGUGCGCUGCAGCCCGGAGAGUGUUAUAGAAUUUGUAUGCAAAAGGAAGAUCGAGUGUCCCAAGUUUCCAGAGGACCUCCAGCACUGGAUCAGCUUCAUUACAGCCAGCAGCCAGGCCCUGAGAGCGGAGAGCGGACUGGAGGAGAAGAACAAGUGAAGCCACACCAUGACACCAUCACCCAUCAUGAGUGUAGACUCGCAUAUCAUUUGCAUUGCACGCACACAUAUACAGUAAACAUCCAUACACACAUGCACACACACGGUUAAACAUCAUAGACAGUUUUACUUGACUUAUAAUAUUCCACUGAUUUGUUCUGGGUCAAUCCUACCUGCUGUGUAUUUUUGUAGGAAGUGAACCAAAAAGAAACUGCUGAAUACGCAAAACUUGAACC